ACAGGCUGCAGGCAUGCACCGAAUCCGUUUACGUAUCCUGCUCUUUGAUUGCUCGUCUCACCUCUGACAUAUCGCGCCUAACCCAUGGAUGCAGUCCUCCCACCAAUACCAAAGUCUCAUCAACCUGGCUGAUAUCGCAAACGUCGAGCGGACAGAUCUCAAGCCAUAUUGUCUACUCCUAGAGACGAAGGACAAGCGUAUGUACUUUUCUCUCAAAAGUGAUGAGGAAUUGUAUGGCUGGCAAGACGACAUUUACUCUCGGAGCCCUCUGAUGGGCGUCAGCGGCCCGACAAACUUUGUGCACAAGGUGCAUGUCGGCUUUGAUCCCGUUUCGGGCGCAUUUACUGGCUUGCCAGACGCAUGGAGCAAGCUGCUCACAAAGUCGGCCAUUACACGAGAAGACUAUGCGAAGGAUCCCCAGGCCGUGCUCGACGUGCUCGAGUUCUAUACCGACCACCAGAAGCGCGAAAUGGAGGAAAUGGGCAUGGGCCACUCGCCUCCACGAAAUAACGGAGGUACGGGCCUCCCCACUCUCGCCUCAAGUCCACCUAGUCCCUCAAUCUCGCUUUCAUCCUACCCCUACACAGACUCCUCCAGCGCACCGCGGUUCAACGCAGGGACAGGCCUCGGCGGUUCGGGUAUGAAGCUCUCCCCUCUCGAUUCACGCCCGCAGAUGAUGCGGCAGGAUUCGUCGCAGGGCGGCUUCACCGGAAACGGCGGUGCGGACAACCUCUCAUCAAGUGCCGCCCUCGCGCGUGCUGCGGAGCUCGUGAAUGGCGCCGCCGUCCAACAUGCGAACACAAUCUCUGCCGCACAGACGAACGGGGCGAUGCGCCCCGGCGUUCCUCCUAUCGCUCCCGGUUCGGCGGCGCUGCAAGCAUCAAGGCCUGCGCCAGCACGCCCGCUGCUAACUACGCACCGCCCUGCCCCACCAGCGCCGCACGGUAACGCACCCAAGCCGACUUUGCCUGACCACACGCCCACCUCCGCUGACCUUCGCGCGCGCGCGAAGGCACAAGGCCCGCCGAGCGAGACGCAGACUUCGAAGCCAUCAGGGUUGAAUGGCGAGGCGCGCGAUGACGGCGAGAAGCGACCCAAUAUGGCACCUUCGAAGUCGUCUCCGGCGACCAGCUUGCCCAUCUCGCAGCCCGCGAGCGGUGCGGCGGGAAGCACUGUCGGUCCGCCGCCGGUGAAGCCGUUGCAGCCGAAGAAGGCUAACGUGCCCAAGGACCGGGAGCGAGAGAGGGAGAGGGAGAAGGAGGGGCCGACGGUGGCGGUGACGAUGCCGGAUGAUGAGCGGGAGCGGAGGGCGGAGAGGGAGCGAGAGCGGACGGAGAGAGAGAAGGAGAAGGGCGGCGUCGCUGCGGCGGCAGCUACGCUCGAGAAGCCGAAGGAGAAGGAGAAGCGGAUCAGCACAAUGAACGAGGUACAGAUCAUGGAGAAGCUGCGCAGUGUUGUCAGCGAUGACGACCCGAAGACGUUGUACAGCAAGAUCCGGAAGGUCGGGCAAGGUGCGUCUGGCCACGUCUACGUUGCGAAGACGCUCGCUACCGGUAAGAAGAUCGCGAUCAAGGAGAUGGAUCUGUCGAACCAGCCACGAAAGGAAUUGAUCGUGAACGAGAUCUUGGUGAUGAAGGAGUCGCAGCACCCGAACAUUGUCAAUUUCCUCGAAGCGUAUCUUGUCAAGAGCAAUGAGCUUUGGGUCGUUAUGGAGUACAUGGAGGGUGGUGCGCUAACGGAUAUCAUUGAGAACAAUACGCUCGAAGAGGAUCAGAUCUCGAGUAUCUGUUUGGAGACGUGCAAGGGUCUGGGCCAUCUGCACAGCCAGCAUAUUAUUCACCGUGAUAUCAAAUCUGACAACGUUCUCUUGGAUGCUCAGGGGCACGUCAAGAUCACUGACUUUGGCUUCUGUGCGAAGCUGACGGACCAGAAGUCCAAGCGAGCAACGAUGGUCGGCACGCCGUACUGGAUGGCACCCGAGGUUGUCAAACAGAAGGAGUACGGUGCCAAAGUUGACAUCUGGUCGCUCGGUAUCAUGGCCAUCGAAAUGAUCGAAAGCGAGCCGCCAUACCUUGAUGAAGAGCCGCUGAAGGCACUGUAUCUGAUUGCGACGAAUGGCACGCCGACGUUGAAAAAGCCCGAGGCCGUCAGCCGGGAGCUGAAAAGCUUCUUGAGCGUGUGCUUGUGUGUGGACGUCAAGAGUCGCGCAACUGCCGAUGAGCUCCUAGAGCACGAGUUCCUGAAGAAAGCGUGUGCGCUGUCGGGCUUGGCGCCCCUGUUGCGGUUCAGGAACAAGCAGGCAUCGUGAUUUGCAUGUUUUUACGACUGUGCUGGACUCGCGCGAGCUCGUGGGUCCGGAUACGAAUUCUUUUGCUCGUCGUCCGUUCCAUCCCUUGAAGAUGUCUUUGAUGUCUCUCACGUGCUGUACGUUACCCUCUCUCUCCUGAUUCAUAUCUGGUUCUACCUACCAUCUAUAUUCACCGACUUUGGCUCCCCCUCCCUUUAUCACUCCGAUCCCCGAUUACGAUUGGAAAAGCCGUAGUGUACUCAUUUUGUCUGCUAGACGAAUUAUUUCGGAUGCUG